GAGGUCUAACACGCGCAGCUCUUUUCCCCCAGUAGGCUGAAGCACCUAACCAACACACACCAUGUCAAAUUCACCGAACAACUCGUCCACCUCGACCCUCACAGACGAUGUCGAGAGCCAGAAAAGUGACCCUUCGGGCAGAAAAGUGCCCCACUGGCGCCUCGUGGUCAGCCAGUCGCUCAUCACGGAAGAAGUCUUGAAUCAUCGAUACAAGGGCUCGGGAACAGAGGAAGACCCCUAUAUCGUCGAAUUCAUCCCCGGCGACCCUCGCAAUCCCAUGGAAUUCCCGGACUGGAAGAAGUGGGCGCUCACCCUCACGGUGGCCUUUGCAACUCUGGCCGUGGCGUUCGUCUCCACGGCCUACACCGCCAGCACAAAGCAGCUCAUUGAAGCCUUUGGGUGCAGUCAAGAGGUCGCGACGCUCGGGGUGGCUCUGUUUGUCCUAGGGUUCGCCAUCGGGCCCCUGCUCUGGGCACCAUUGUCGGAACUGUAUGGCCGACAAGUCCUCUUCAUCGGCACAUACGCAGUCCUGACCGCAUUCAACGCGGGCGCAGCUGGCGCGAAUUCGAUCGCCAGUCUCAUCGUGAUGCGAUUCCUCGCUGGCACCUUUGGGGCUUCGCCGCUCACCAACGCCGGUGGCGUCAUUGCGGACAUGUUUCCCGCCAAUCAACGAGGUCUGGGAAUGAGCAUCUUCGCCGCCGCUCCCUUCCUGGGCCCUACCAUCGGCCCGGUUGUUGGAGGCUUCAUCGCUGAGACCAUCGGAUGGCGUUGGGUCGAGGGCGUGAUGGCCAUCUUCACAGGCUGUCUUUGGAUCUUCGGCGCCCUGGUCAUCCCAGAGACCUAUGCCCCCGUCAUUCUGUCCCGCCGGGCCAAGGCGCUGACCAAGCGCACGGGCAAGCUCUAUAUCUCUGCCAUCGAGAGACGUCAAGGCAAAGUCACGCCCCAGGCCGCCUUCUCCAAGGCCCUCUCGAGACCAUGGGUAUUGCUGUUCCUCGAACCGAUCGUCCUUCUCAUCUCCAUAUACAUGGCCAUUCUGUACGGCACCCUGUACAUGCUCUUCGGCGCCUUCCCGAUCGUCUUUGAAGAGGAGCGAGGCUGGUCUCAGGGUAUCGGCGGGCUGGCCUUCUCCGGCGUCGCUGUCGGAAUGAUCUCCGGCGUCAUCUACGCCAUCUGGGACAACAAGCGAUACGCGCGCAUCGAAGCCGAGCACGGUGGCGAGGCGCCCGCCGAAGCCCGUCUCCCUCCCGCCGCCGUGGGCGCCGUCGCGAUCCCCAUCGGCAUGUUCUGGUUUGCGUGGACCAACUAUCCCUCCAUCCAUUGGAUCGUGUGCAUCAUCGCCUCGGCGCCCUUCGGGUUCGGCAUGGUCAACGUCUUCCUCGCGUGCAUGAACUACCUCAUCGACGCGUACACCAUCUACGCCGCGUCGGUGCUGGCGGCCAACUCGGUCCUGCGGUCCCUGUUCGGCGCCGUCUUCCCCCUCUUCACCGUGCAAAUGUUCCACAACCUGGGCAUCCACUGGGCCAGUUCGAUCCCCGCGUUCUUGGCGCUCGCCUGCGCCCCGUUCCCCUUCGUCUUCUACAAAUACGGCGAAAGCAUCAGGAUGAAGUGCAAGUAUGCCGCCCAGGCGCACGAAGUGAUGCAGCAGAUCAGGUCGCAGAACAGGGACGUCCAGGUGGAAGAGGAUGGUGAGCAAGAGGCCGAGGCCGAGACGAUGGAGGAGAAGAAGGCCGAAAGCCAGACGUAGUUUCUGUCCUAUGGUGUUUUGUUUCCAAGGGUGGUAUUGGUGCGGCUUUCCAUCAAUGCGCCCGGAUGCUCAUUGCUUGAUUGAUGUCCUCUUCUCCAUCUGAUGUCGUUUCAUGCCCUUUUUCUUCAGCGAUGGCGUUGGGAGGAACUUUGUUCCAGAGAUACUAUUGCGGGGUCUCUCCGGAUCAAUUCACCUUGAUUUUGUUUUGUAUUUUUUUUUUCUGAAGGAAGCAAGCGUCGGGCUAGGUUUUGCAUUGCAGGCGAAGGGAAGCACCUAUAGACAAAACUAGAGGUUAGGAUCGCAAAGAAGGAAAAGGGACAUGAGCAUAGAACAUGGCCUCAGCCCACAAACACAGAGCAACAAUUGAAGUGAGG